AUGACCGUCUACGGCAUGCCCCUCUUCCUCGAGGACAUCUCUGGUUCGCUCGAGGGUUCCGACUUCGUUGACAUCCACGGCCGCAUGAAACUCACGUUACGGUGUACGCUCCGCGAUCGGUCUCGGGCGGUGUACAUGGUGCAGAACGACCAGUCGCACUCGCGUUCACCCUCGGCCGUGCUUGACUUUACACCUCCGGGUGGGCUGGGAAGCAUCAUCGUCGGGAAUGCACGACCUAUGCCUAUGGAUCAAUAUCUGUGCAAGGUAUCACGUUUCGGGAGCUCGAAACACCGACGGUUCACAGCUUCUGACGGACACACCUACACGUGGGCGCAUAGAGGCAAGCCUGACUUUGAGUGGACGUGUUCGAAUGAUCAGGACUUCCUCGUUGCGCAUUACGACUUGAAGACGCCGGGAGAGAACUACAUCAACUCUUCCGGCUGCACGCUUACGGUGGAUGAGGCGUAUCUGCACCUCGUAGACGAACUACUCGCAUCACUCGUAAUCAUGCGGCAUAUCCACGAGCGCAACCUCUAA